AUGGAACAACAUCAGGACUUACCACCCGGUCUCAGCGAUGCACAGGAUAAGCUCCUGGCAGUACUGCCUAUCCCAAGCUCAGUCUUGAGCAUCAUUGGAAGCUCUGUCAUUAUUUAUAUGUUGCUUCACAAUCAUCGUGGUCGUGGUCGUGGUUUCCAACAACGAAGAUGGACACCCUACACUCGUCUUCUGCUCGGAAUGAGCAUUUGCGACAUCAUAUCGAGCAUUUCAAUAGCAGCUGCUGGCUUCCUCAGACCGCGGGGAAGCCUUCGAGCCUGGGCCUUUGGCAACGAUGCGACCUGCACGGCUGCUGGAUUCUUGAUUCAAUUUUCUUGGAGCGGAAUGUUGUACUACAAUAUGUUGUUCUUUUAUUUUCUGUUUACGACAAGAUUUGGAUUGAGCAAUUCGUUUAUUGGAAAACGAAUCGAGCCGUUCAUGCACUUAAUUUCUGUGGGGUAUCCUUUUGUCACUGGCGUCGUUGGAGCUGUAUGGGGAGUGUAUGCCGAGACCUCGGCCAGUUUUGGAUGUUGGGUCAAUGACUAUCCAAGAGGUUGCACUGAUGACUGCAAGUCUGUGAUCAUCGGAUGGAUCUUUUAUGGCAUCCCCUUCUGGAUUUCUUCGCUUACCUUGGCUGUCAACAACAUCGCCAUAUUCCUUUUUGUAAGGAGUCAAACCACAUCGCGCCGACCAGAUCUUAGCAGAACGAAUGCAUCUGAACAGACUGCAAGAGACAUGACUUGUAAUGAUGGAGACGAGAAACUUGAUGAUAGCCAGUCUCAACAGUCAUUUGGUUGUGAUCCGCCACUCCCCCCUCAGAUCCCCUCGCAAUCUCAGUCAACAAUGUUGACUGAUGAAUUUGCCAGCAAGGCCAGUUUGGAUCCACAGAGUCACCAGAUCAAACGUUUUCGACUUGUCAGGACUCAGGCUUUGUUGUUUGUAAUAACAUACGCACUCUGUGUUGCCUGGGGCGCUCUGGUCAUAUUCCUUGAGAGCUUGGCAACUACCAAAGCCGAAGAAAUCUCAAUGACUGUAAAAUAUUUCCCCGUUCUGGUUGGGAACGCAAUAUUUGCCCCACUCGCAGGUUUUCUAAACAUGCUGGUCUUUCUGCGUCCCAAGUACUUGCGAUGGAAGCAUAGGAGUCCACAUAACACAAAUAUGCGAGGCUUUUGUUAUAGUCUCUUGGUGGGAAACACUUCAAGGCCCAGGGAAAAGGGUCCAACUGUUCUACCCGAACCUGCCGAAAAGAAAAGUAAUAACGACAAGACUAAUCCUGCCGAGAAGAACAAGAUAGGCAAUGACCCGGCAUCUCGCUUGCAAAAAUGUGGGGUCUCAUCGCCGAGUGCCAGCUUCCAAACUACUCCUUGCACACAGGAGCGACAACAGGAAAGCGGUGGCGACAGAAAUGCUGAUGGUUGGCUUUCCUCUUCUUCUGAUUCAAUUUGCACGCAUCACACAGGUGAACGGUCUGAUGAAUUAAGAUUGCCAGCAAUCAGCGAGCUUUCAUCAAGUAUAUUCGACUCUUCGACGCAGGGGGGCAUCAGCAGUGUGGUCAGCCGCGAUAGUAAACACUCUAGUGGAUCGAAUACAACACUGUCUUCCCGUCCGGCAGGAACACCUGCCGUGAGGCACUCUUGGCAGUCAGAAGAGCGUUGGAAUCCAAACCAGAGUCCAAUGAUCGCCAAAGGGAGCGGCGUUUUACCUUGUGACCAGAUCCCAGAAACGCCUGGGCGAGCAAGAAGAGAAGGAAGGUGUCGUUGGUCAUCAAUCAGGUCUUCGUCGCCCACUUUAAGGGAAACAUUGGAUUCGAAGCUAUCCAUGCCACAAAGAGUUGGCAGCGAAGUCGAUCAGGAGGCAGAAGUCAAAAUUGUUCCGACCAUUCCAACUUUGGAACCUCUCACGGAAUUAUUAUCUCCUCCUCAGCCAUCGAAAGCCGCGAAAGCAUCCUCGGCAUAA